AUGCCUGAGCCGGGGAAGAAGCCAGUCUCAGCCUUCAGCAAGAAGCCAAGGUCAGUGGAGGUGGCAGCCAGCAGCCCUGCUGUGUUCGAGGCCGAGACAGAGCGGUCAGGAGUAAAGGUGCGCUGGCAGCGGGGGGGCAGUGACAUCAGCGCCAGUGACAAGUAUGGCCUAGCAGCCGAGGGCACGAGGCACACUCUGACAGUGCGGGACGUGGGCCCCGCCGACCAGGGACCCUACGCAGUCAUCGCUGGCUCCUCCAAGGUCAAGUUUGACCUCAAGGUCAUAGAAGCAGAGAAAGCAGAGCCUGUGCCGGGCCCUGCUCCUGCCCCUACUGAGGCUCCUGGAGGCUCCGGAGAAGCACUGGCCUCGACCACUGAGGAGGAAGGAGGCUCCCCAAGUCCCAAAGGGUCAAGCUCAGCAGCCCCCGAUGGCUCUGGUGCCUCUGAUGACCCCAUCGGCCUCUUCAUAAUGCGGCCACAGGAUGGUGAGGUGACUGCAGGUGGCAGCAUCACCUUCUCAGCCCGCGUGGCCGGCGCCAGCCUUCUGAAACCGCCCACAGUCAAGUGGUUCAAGGGCAAGUGGGUGGACCUGAGCAGCAAGGUGGGCCAACACCUGCAGCUGCACAACAGUUACGACCGGACCAGCAAGGUCUACCUGUUUGAGCUGCACAUUACAGAUGCCCAGACUACUUUCGCAGGUGGCUACCGCUGUGAGGUUUCCACCAAGGACAAAUUUGACAGCUGCAACUUCAGUCUCACUGUCCAUGAGGCCAUUGGCCCUGGAGACCUGGACCUCCGAUCAGCUUUCCGCCGCACGAGCCUGGCUGGAAGUGGUCGGCGGAUCAGUGACAGCCACGAGGACGCUGGAACUCUGGAUUUCAGCUCGCUGCUGAAGAAGAGAUACUCACCUGCCAGAGCUCAGGAGGAACAAACAAGGCCCUGUGUGGGGAAGGCCCUGCUGUGUAAAUGGAGGGACACUGAGAAAAAGCUGGAGGUGUACCAGAGCAUCGCAGACCUGACCGUGGGUGCCAAGGACCAGGCGGUGUUCAAGUGUGAAGUGUCCGAUGAGAACGUGCGGGGCGUGUGGCUGAAGAACGGGAAGGAGCUGGUGCCCGACAGCCGCGUCAAGGCGUCCCACGUUGGGCGAGUCCACAAACUGACCAUUGACGACGUCACGCCUGCCGACGAGGCGGACUACAGCUUCGUGCCCGAGGGCUUCGCCUGCAACCUGUCAGCGAAACUCCAUUUCAUGGAGGUCAAGAUUGACUUCGUGCCCAGGCAAGAACCUCCCAAGAUCCACCUGGACUGCCCGGGCCGCAAGCCGGAUACGAUUGUGGUUGUGGCUGGGAACAAGCUACGCCUGGAUGUCCCUAUCUCUGGGGACCCUGCUCCCACUGUGAUUUGGCAGAAGACCCUCACACAGAAGAACAAGGUCCCAGCAGGGCCAUCCCUGGAUGCCCCAGGGGAGGAUGCAGGUGACAGUGAUGAGUGGGUGUUUGACAAGAAGCUGCUGUGUGAGACCGAGGGCCGGGUGCGGGUGGAGACCACCAAGGACCGCAGCAUCUUCACUGUCGAGGGGGCAGAGAAGGAAGACGAGGGUGUCUACGUUGUCACAGUGAAGAACCCUGUGGGCGAGGACCAGGUCAACCUCACGGUCAAGGUCAUCGAUGUGCCAGAUCCCCCCGCGGCCCCCAAGAUCAGCAAUGUGGGUGAGGACUCCUGCACCGUGCAGUGGGAGCCGCCUGCCUACGACGGGGGGCAGCCAGUCCUGGGCUACAUCCUGGAGCGCAAGAAGAAGAAGAGCUUCCGGUGGAUGCGGCUGAACUUUGACCUGCUGCGGGAGCUGAGCCACGAGGCGCGGCGCAUGAUUGAGGGCGUGGUGUAUGAGAUGCGAGUCUACGCGGUCAAUGCCAUCGGCAUGUCCAGGCCCAGCCCUGCCUCCCAGCCCUUCAUGCCUAUUGGCCCCCCCAGUGAGCCCACCCACCUGGCCGUGGAGGAUGUCUCAGACACCACCGUCUCCCUCAAGUGGCGGCCCCCAGAGCGGGUGGGAGCCAGAGGCUUGGAUGGCUACAGCGUGGAGUAUUGCCGGGAGGGCUGCUCGGAGUGGGUAGCUGCCCUGGAGGGGCUGACAGAACGCACCUCGUUGCUGGUGAAGGACCUGCCCACGAGGGCCCGGCUGCUCUUCCGUGUGCGGGCGCACAAUAUGGCGGGGCCCGGGGCCCCCAUCGCCACCAAGGAGCCUGUGACGGUGCAGGAGAUACUGCAGCGGCCACGGCUCCAGGUGCCCCGGCACCUGCGCCAGACCAUCCAGAGGAAGGUCGGGGAGCCCGUGAACCUCCUCAUUCCUUUCCAGGGCAAGCCCCGGCCUCAGGUGACCUGGACCAAAGAGGGGCAGCCACUGGCAGGCGAGGAGGUGAGCAUCCGCAACAGCCCCACGGACACCAUCCUGUUCAUCCGGGCUGCUCGCCGCUCCCACUCUGGCACCUACGAGGUGAUGCUGCGGAUCGAGAACAUGGAGGACAAGGCCACGCUGGUCCUGCGGGUCGUUGACAAGCCAAGCCCUCCCCAGGAUAUUCGGGUCACUGAGGCAUGGGGUUUCAAUGUGGUUCUGGAGUGGAAGCCACCCCAAGAUGAUGGUAACACAGAGAUCUUGGGUUACACAGUACAGAAAGCUGACAAGAAGACCAUGGAGUGGUUCACUGUCUUGGAACAUUACCGUCGCACUCACUGUGUCAUCUCGGAGCUCAUCGUUGGCAACGGCUACUACUUCCGGGUCUUCAGCCAUAACACGGUGGGACCCAGUGACAACGCGGCCACCACCAAGGAGCCUGUCUUUAUCCCCAGAUCAGGCAUCACAUAUGAGCCACCCAACUACAAGGCCCUGGACUUCUCCGAGGCCCCGAGCUUCACUCGCCCUCUGGUGAACCGCUCAGUCAUUGCUGGCUACAAUGCUACCCUCUGCUGUGCUGUCCGGGGUAGCCCCAAGCCCAAGGUUUCCUGGUUCAAGAAUGGCCUGGACCUGGGAGAAGAUGCCCGCUUCCGCAUGUUCAGCAAGCAGGGAGUGUUGACCUUGGAGAUCAGAAAGACCUGCCCCUUUGAUGGGGGCAUCUAUGUCUGCAGGGCCACCAACUUACAAGGCGAGGCACAGUGUGAGUGCCGCCUAGAAGUACGAGGGUCUGGGAAGGAGCCGCGCCAGGCUGCUUCGGGGUCCCAGUAUGCAACAAGUCCACGGCCCUUCCACACCUGCUUCCCAGUGGGAGAGGGUGGUCCUGUCCGGUAG